AUGGCUGCAAGUGGUGGGUACGAUCUCAACCUCUUUGCCAGCCCUCCUGACUGCAACUUCCUGUGUUCCGUCUGCCAUGGGGUUCUCAAGAGGCCAAUGAGGCUGCCAUGCAGUCACAUCUUCUGCAAAAAGUGCAUCCUCCAGUGGCUAGCCAGACAAAACACCUGUCCAUGCUGUAGAAAAGAGGUGAAAAGGAGAAAGAUGGUCCAAGUGAACAAACUCCGGAAAACCAUUGGCCGCCUGCAAGUCAAGUGCAAGAAUGCUGAAGCUGGCUGCUUGGUGACAUGCCCUCUGGCUCAUCGCAAGGGGCACCAAAACUCCUGCCCCUUCGAGCUGAUGGCCUGCCCCAAUGAGGGCUGCACCGCGCAGGUUCUGCGUGGGGUCCUCGAUGAGCACCGCCAGCACUGCCAUCAGGGUGGCCAGCAGGGUGGCCAGCAGCGCUGCCCCUUAGGCUGUGGGGCCACUCUGGCUGCCGCGGAGGGUGAGCAACACAACUGCUACCGUGAGCUACGUGAUGCUUGGGUCCAGCGCCACGAGCGCAACCGGACCCUGCUGCUGAGCCUGCUGGGGCGUGUGCGCCUGGUGCACCGCACCACCAACUUCAUCCGCCGGCAGCUGGCACAGCUGGGCGACUUCCUGGAGGAUGACUCCCUGCUUCUGAGCUCCAGGGCUCAGGAGACUGAGGUUGCCCCGGAGGCUGAGAUGUGGGGUGUGCAGGGCCAAGGUGUCUUAUAA